CAUACACACCCCUUACAGGCAUCAUAACUUUCAGAUUUCCUUCAAGAAAGUGUAGCUUCAGAGAAGAACGUGACCUGCGCUGUUAAGUCAUCUUCAGGGAGUCACAGACUUUGGAGGGUUAGCGAUGGAUUUGGAUAAGGACUCAGAACCUGUGGGUGAUGCCGAGAGCUACGGCGACGGAGAUACCACGGAUGCCAAGCCAGAUAGGAAAGGCAGGUUCCUGCUGUUCGGAGGUAAGAAGUCUAAGGAUGGCCAGGCGCGAGAGCAGGAGAACACCUCUGAAAGCCAUUACAGGAUCGUUUCGCCUACAUUCCAGUAUAAGAUGAGCCACAAGUGUGUGGGCAAGUGCAUCAUCAUCAACAACAAGAACUUUGACGAAAAGACAGGGAUGAAUGUACGCAAUGGCACUGACCGAGACGCAGGGGAGCUGUACAAGUGCUUCAAGAGCCUGGGCUUCGACGUGUGCGUCUACAAUGACCAGACCUGUGAGAAGAUGGAGCGUCUGAUGAAAGAGGCCUCGGAGGAGGACCAUAGUGAGAGCUCCUGCUUCGCCUGCAUCUUGCUGAGCCACGGCGAGGAGGGCAUGAUCUAUGGCACGGACGGGGCCAUGCCCAUCAAGAGCAUGACCUCCCUCUUCCGCGGGGACAUGUGCAAGAGCCUGGUGGGCAAGCCUAAACUCUUCUUCAUCCAGGCUUGUCGGGGUUCAGAGUUUGACGACGGCAUUCAGACAGACUCGGGACCCCCCAACGACACCCUGGAGACGGACGCCAACCCCCGACACAAGAUCCCCGUGGAGGCAGACUUCCUGUUUGCCUACUCCACUGUGCCAGGCUACUACUCAUGGAGGAACCCUGGCCGCGGCUCGUGGUUCGUCCAGGCCUUGUGCAACGUCCUCAACGAGUUCGGCAAGCAGCUGGAGAUCAUGCAGAUCCUCACGCGGGUCAACUACAUGGUGGCCACCAGCUUCGAGUCCUGGUCGGAGGAUCCGCGCUUCAGCGAGAAGAAACAGAUACCAUGCGUGGUCUCCAUGUUGACCAAAGAGCUCUACUUCAACUGAUCGUUCAAGGAAGGGCUCUUCCAAAAACGACCACUGCGACUGCAACCGGACCACCAACUGGACUGGACGGGGGGGUGAUCACCUGGACAGUACAGGACUGGACCAGCAGGAGCAGUAUCAACAUUCAGGGAUGAUCCAGACAUGGCUGGAUGCUGGCGUUUCUUUUUUUUUUUUUUUUUUUUUUUUAAUCUUUUUGUGCGUGAGAGCCAUUUUAUUUCCUUACGUGACGCCGGGCGCAAAAAAAUAAUUUAAAAAAAACUCCUCAAAUCCAAUCAAACGAAGACAAAGAAGAAGUAGAUCCUCAGUGGCACUCCGCGUUCAUGUGUUGGUGGUGAUACUUGCCUCUUUCAAGUUGUUCCCCUCUGGGGGAAUAAUGCUGUCACAUCUGAUCUUUGUCAAAAAAACAGGCGGUGUGAAAUAUACAUGUUUUAAAAUUUCUUUCCUUUAGUUAGCAUUCAACCAACCCCCAUGAAAAGUUUGCUGUUUUGGUGGGGAGUAGCUGGCUGUAUCCCAGAGAGAGACUGGAUCUCACCAGCGCAGGCCGUACCUCAGUUCAGCAGGGGGGAGGAGAGACCCACAGCCAAGACCACCAGAGCUGUGUCUGCCACCCCCUGCCUUCUGCACAACCAGUAGUCACAGUAGUAGUAGUCUCUUUCUGUUUCAUCUGUCGUUAAAGCACAGCAGCCGAGUCUUUAUUUCACACGACGCACCGUAUAGGGGGCAAAGUGAAACAUCCAAUCGGACACAAGAGGACUUGGAGACACUUUAUUAAGGUUGGAGACACAAGAAGAGAGCAGUGGUGGAAAAAAAGAGUUUUGUUUUUUGUUUUACUGCUCGUCUUUCUAACUUCAAUCAAGUCUGUUUCCAUCUUCUCAGUCCAUUGGGUUAGUCAUUGAUGCUAUCUUCCAGCUUGGAUCCAAGUCAACUGCAGGCUGUUCCGUUUAGGUGCUGUUUGACACAUGACCCGAGAGAACUCUGCCAAGCAAAAAAAGAUUAAAUAGAAAAAAUAGAUUCAAGUGGAGGAACGAUACAUUAUCUGUAAUCGGGCAGUUACAGUUAAAGGUCUUUGAACUCAAAUUGCAUUUUUUCUGCGAAAUGUCAGGCCCUCUUGAUUUCUACCAGUAUUCUUCAUUAAUGGUAUUUGGAUACACACCAAGACCAGAUUCGCAGAUUUAAUGUAGGUCACCUAAGAACACCUACCACGGCGGUUGACAGGAUCUAAGCUGUUGACUCCAAGCACAACUGGCCACUUUUGUCUUCUGUCAGUCCAGUGUUAAUAUGCUGACCUAUCCCAGGGACCCUGCUGACAUGCGGGUGAAAGAGCACUAUGUACUAUCCUGUCACAACUAGCAUUAGAGAGAUGAUAUGGUAUUAGAUUGAACUGCAAAACUGAAAUUCUGAGAUUCCACAAUAAUUAUUUAACACUGCUCUUAAAAAUCAUUUAAAACUUUUUAUUAAAGUAAAAAGUGCUUUGUUUGUAGCACAUAGACCCCCCCCCCUCCCCCUGGGGUAGAUUGUUGUUGGCAUACCAUUGCAUGUUGUCGUUGCGCUGUCUAAAAGAUUUCAGUCUACAGAGGCAGCUAGUACAUUACUGAUGACGAGUCUUACUAUUCACACCACACCAGAUGAAUGCACUUUUCCAGCAUGGCUGCCAUGCCCUGGCGACCGCUGAAAAGAAUACCAUGCUACUGAGCCACUGUUCCUUCAGUGCUUUAGUUGAGUACCACAGUUUAUCUUUUCCUCUCUCUAGUCAACAGUGUAGUUUCUUUUUAUCUUUCCCAGUCGCCUUGACCGACUACAAAGUAUUUCUUCCGGGAGUUUGACACGGCGCAGACAAGCUUUUAAAGUCGGUGUUUUCCAAGUCGGAUGAGGAUGUGACAUUGAAAUGGCAAUCCACAUGUAUAGGACUCCUGUUAUGAACCCUGUCCACCACACACACACUCACAAACACACACACAAACACACACACACACACACACACAAACAUACACCUAGCUCUGUCUUCCUCACACACACAAGGAUCCUGUUUAAUCGAUGAUGUAGUGCCCAAAUCGUACCAAAGGGAGUUGUAACUCCCCUUGUUUUGGAAUGGAAUUGAAGGGAAAAAAAUCUUGUUUUUUAAAAAAGUAAAAAACUUUUUUUAAUGCUUUACAGUGUUUAAUGCAAUUGUCCUCAGGAAUAUAUUGAAAUGAUUUGGAACAAUGAAUAUAUUAUAUUUAGGGUAUGAAAUCCCCUUAAAAAAAAAAAGAAGAAAUAUAUUUUGUGGAUAUAUACUGAAUAUUGCCAUAACCUUAAUGCCUCUUUUUGAAUCUGGGGUAGUACAUUUGUUAAAAUGACAUCCAAUGAAUGCCUGUGUAAAACCCUAUUUUAUUGUAUUAAAACAAAAACAAUCAA